AUGAGAGUGGACAUUCCUAUUUAUGACCUCUCAUUGAUCCGAGGCAUGUGGGAGGUCAGAGUGAAGAAGUACAAGCAAAGACAGAAGAAAGAACAGGAGCGAAUUAACCAGAGCGCUUUAGCAAAAAUAAAUGAGCAAUGGCACUAUCGCAUAGCAUGCAGGACGAUGAAGAAGGACGAAAUCCAAGAUCUCCAACAUUACCUGGAAAGAUCAACAUUCGCAGAGAUGGACAUAAUACCUUAUCAAAGUAAGACAGGUCUUGAUGUUGAGGAGAAGAAGUAUAUUUAUGAGCUGAGUGGAAAUAUAUGGAGGAAGAUACCUGAUGAUAUUCUGGAUAUGACAUACCUUAGAGAAUGGCACAUAAAAGGGACAAGAAUUCACAAGAUUCCAGAGUAUGUCGAACAGUUUCUUGACCUGCGUGUUUUGGAGUUACCCAAGAAUGGAAUCAAAGAACUUCCAGUCGUAAUAGGUAAAUUGGCUAACCUGAGAGAUUUGAACGUUAGCUACAAUAAGUUAUCGAGCAUUCCUCCUGAACUUGGUGACUGUGAGAAUUUGGAAAGGCUGGAAAUGACAGCAAAUUUUAAUAUCAUGGAACUGCCCUUCGAGCUCAGCAACCUGAAAAAGCUGAGACACCUAGAUUUAUCAGAAAAUAAAUUUGCCAGCAUACCAAUCUGUGUCCUUCGAAUGUCAAGUCUUCAGUGGUUGGAUAUUAGCAAUAACUUGUUAUCAGACUUACCAGAGGACAUUGACAGGCUUGAGGAGUUACAAUCUCUGUUUCUUCACAAGAACAAACUGACCUAUUUACCGAUGACGAUGGCAAACAUGACAACUCUCAAGAUGCUUGUUGUCAGUGGAGAUGAGCUCACCUGCAUCCCUUCUGUGCUCUGUGAUAACCCACGCAUCAAAUUCAUCAAAAUAUUUGAUAACCCAAUAGGUGCAAACGUGGAAAAGGAUGAGAAUGAGUCCGCCGUGCACGAAGAACAUGAGAAAGAGUUCAUGAAGACAUACAUUGAAACUCUCAAAGAUAGAGAUGCUGCACCCACAUACACAACCAAAGUGUCCUUCAGCUGUCUUCUUUAA